CGGUGCCUCUUUCUUUCCGUCAGAAACGUGCGAGAACGUGGACUGUGGACCCGGGAAGAAAUGUAAAAUGAACAAGAAGAACAAACCUCGGUGUGUUUGUGCUCCGGAUUGCUCUAAUAUCACUUGGAAGGGCCCCGUGUGUGGCUUAGAUGGGAAAACCUACAGGAACGAGUGUGCCCUUCUCAAAGCCAGAUGUAAAGAACAGCCCGAACUUGAAGUCCAGUAUCAGGGCAAAUGCAAAAAGACCUGUAGGGAUGUUUUAUGCCCGGGCAGCUCCACGUGUGUGGUUGACCAAACUAAUAAUGCCUACUGCGUGACAUGUAAUCGAAUUUGCCCAGAGCCUACCUCUCCUGAACAGUAUCUCUGCGGGAAUGAUGGCAUAACUUACGCCAGUGCCUGCCACCUGAGGAAAGCGACUUGCCUACUGGGUAGAUCCAUCGGAUUAGCCUACGAAGGAAAAUGCGUCAAAGCCAAAUCCUGUGAAGACAUUCAGUGCAGUGCUGGGAAGAAAUGCUUGUGGGAUUUUAAGGUUGGCAGAGGUCGGUGCGCCCUCUGUGAUGAGCUAUGCCCUGAAAGCAAGUCAGACGAGGCAGUCUGUGCCAGCGAUAACACAACUUACCCAAGCGAGUGUGCCAUGAAAGAGGCAGCCUGCUCCAUGGGUGUGCUUCUAGAAGUAAAGCACUCUGGAUCUUGCAACUCCAUUAAUGAAGACCCAGAGGAUGAAGAGGAAGAUGAAGACCAGGACUACAGCUUUCCUAUAUCUUCCAUUCUAGAGUGGUAAAACCUCCAUCACUUUUGGAACAGCCAUUGGGCACGAAAUCAAUGUCCAUACUGUAAAUAAGUGUAUGCUUAUUUAUUUUGGGGAGAAAAAAAAGUAUACAUAUAGUUGAGUCUCGUAGACAUUUAUUUAUACUGUGUCAUGUUUUAUAAUUUAUGCAUAAAAUGUCUGGUUGACUGUACACCUUGUUUUUUGAAGAAAUUUAUUCGUUACGGGAAGAGCAGUGUUAUUUAUUGUGAGGUCUCUUGCUUGUAAACUAAAGCUUUUCUUUUUUCUUGUAAACUAUGAAAGUCCAUUCCUUAGAGCUUACCACCACGAUCUCAUCUCUUUGUUUCACUGAUGUUAACUCUUUUCCACUUUAACAAACUUGCAUGUUGGUUUCUGUUAUGUUUAUUUAUUGGAUUUUCUUCUUGCUGGUUCUGUACAUAAAAGAUCCCUCAGAUUUUUGUUUACAAGGAAUCUUGACUGACCAAAAGGCGUUGUAACUGACUUAAGUAUACUUCCAGGGUGCAGUGAGGUGAUCUUUAAGGAAACUUCUUCCACUUCUCUUUUCUCUACUUCUGAUCACAUCAUGUACUGAAGUGAUCUCAAUGUGCUGAGCAUAUAUACUG